UUACCAUCAUUUUCUGAGUGUGUUUUAAGCCUCUCUUCUUUUUGUUCAUUCAUCUCUCUCUCUCUCUCUCUCUGAAUCUGAAUUUAACAGCCAGACCCAUGAAGAAGUUCAAUCUGAUUAUCAGAAAAUGCAGGAGUCUAUCAACGAAGCUAACAAGAUCUUCAUCAUACAGCAGCCUGAGGUCCAAAUCUGCAAAAGAAGACAAAUGGGGAAGACAAGAAGAAGCAGGAGAAGGACAAGAAUGUGAGACUAUAUAUGUUGGAAGUACGAGGAAAAGGUAUGUGAUAAGCUCGAAGUACUUGAAGCAUCCUAUAAUGAAUGCUCUAAUGGACAAGUCUAAAACAGAUCAGGAAGGAAGCCAUGGGAGAGGAAUAAUGGUGGUGAACUGUGAAGUGGUUCUGUUUGAUCAUUUAUUGUGGAUGCUUGAACAUGCAGAUCCUAAGCUUGGGUCUGAGUCAUUGGAGGAACUGGCUGAGCUCUAUGUGUAUUGAAGACAUUUGAAGAAGAAGAAGAAGAAGAAGCAGAUGCAGAUGAAAAGCCUACUGUAAUGUUUUUAGAUUGUGCUUGCAUCUUGCAAAUUGUGUAUUAAUGGCUAAGCCUCUUUCUGUUUUUUCCUUUUUUCACUUCUGAUUUUUGUUACUGUUACUGAUCUACUGCUAAAAUUAAUGCAAUAACUUCAUCCAUAAAGAUCUAAUUUUCAUGUGCUUGAUGAACACUAUGA